AUGUUAAUAUAUAUAUUAUUAUUGUGGUUAAUUAAUAGUUAAAAUGGGCCCGUUUUGAUUGAGAAAUUUGGGAGAAGUAAGAAGAAAUAGGUAGAAUCACCUCCUCCAGAUUUCGAAUGCAUAGAUGAAUUAGAUGAGGAUGACACUCCACCAAAAGAGUAUAGUUUAAAAGUAGGAUCACUUUAUCAUUUAUCAGAUGGAAAUUGGUAUUUAAGAUCAGAAGAUUCAACAAAUAAAUAAGUUACUCUGAUAAACAUGAAUGACAUAAGUCGAAUAAAAUUUGCUGAGAAAGAGAUAGAGGCAACUUUACCAGAAGAGAAACCAGAAUAAAAAUUAAAAGAAAUGGAAUGGACUCCAUUAUUAGCAUUUGAAUAAUUUCCUAGAUAAAGAGGAGGACAUUCAAUGCAUUCAAUAGGAGAUUAUGUAGUAUUAUUUGGAGGAUGUUUAUUAAACAUUUAAUGUUUUAAUGAUUUAUUUUUAUUUAAUGCAAGGACACGUAUAUGGACAACCCCAAAAGUAUUUGGAGUACCUCCAGUAGGUAGAAGUGGAUUUGGUUCAUUAGUUAAUGGAGCAAGAUUAUAUAUAUUUGGAGGGCACACUGUAUAAGGAUUAGUAAAUGAUUUAUUUGUAUUUGAUUUGGAAAGUAGAAGUUGGAAUUAACUAUUUUGGUAAGGUUAAGCACCAACCCCAAGAGCAGGUCAUAAAAUGGUAUUAACAAAAUUAGGAGGAUUAAUAUUUGGAGGUUAUGUUGGUGAAAUUUACACAAAUGAUAUUUUUAUUUUAGAUUUAAUAAAUGAGAGAUGGGGUAAACCAUCUGGAGGUGGAGAUGUACCUAUAGGUAGAGAAAGUUUUUCUAUGACUUAUCAUCAUGGAUUGACUUAUGUUUUUGGAGGUUAUGCUAAAGGUGUAGUUAUGAAUGAUCUUUAUACUAUUAAUGAAGAUUUAAUAUGGUAAAAAAGAGAAGUUGAAGGUGAUGUUCCUCUACCUAGAUAAGGUGCAGCUAUGGCUGAAUAUGAUAAUAGAAUUUUUAUAGUUGGAGGAUGUAAUCCAAUUUUAUUUGAAUGCUACAAUGAUAUUUAUACUUUAGAUAUUGAAUCUAUGAGUUUUACUAAUGUGACUGCAGAAAAGAAAAGAAAUCUAAGAUAAGUAGCUUAUAGUAGUAUGACAUUUGCAGGAUCAUUGUUAAUUCAUUUUGGAGGAUGUAAGUUAUUAGAGAAAUGUAGUGACUCAUUAAUUGGAUUAGCAGUUGCCUCUACUGAAACAUGUCCUCCUUGUAAAAAUGAUGCAGUAUGUAGAGCUGGCCAUUGUAGUUGUUAAUAAGGGUGGUAAGGUAUAGAUUGCACAUAGAAGGUUCUUUGUAAAUAAAAUUGUUUAGAACAAGGAAUUUGUUUAAGUAAUGGGUAUUGUAAAUGUUAUCCUGGAUAUACAGGAUCUAUUUGUUAAUUAAAUGUACCUUGCCCAGGUAAUUGUACUGAUGAAGAACAUGGAAUAUGUGAAUUGGAUGGUAAAUGUAAAUGUUUUGAAGGAUUCUCAGGUACUACUUGCAGUGGAAAUCCUGAAAUUGAUAAUAAAUUACCAUAAUCUACUGGAUGUUUAGAUGAAUGUAAUCAUAGAGGUUCAUGUAAUUAUGAAACUGGUUUAUGCGCAUGUGAAGAUGGAUUUAGUGGGCCUGAUUGUUCACUUGUUUAAGGAACUGAAUCUGGAUAUAUGUCUGUCUGGGAUCUCUUAAAAGAUUAUGAUGGUGAGCAUGAAAAUGAUUUAGAUACUGCAGCUGAUGCUGGUGAAGAUGAUUUAAAAGAAUUUAUAUCUACUGGAUAUAAAUUUAAUUAAAGAUAAGAAGGACCUAUGACAGUCUUUGAUGAUGAUAUAGAUAGGGUAUAUUAUGUAGAUGUUGAUGAAAAUGGAAAUAUCAUAGAAGAUAAUAAUUUAAAUAAUAAUUAAUAUAACAAUUAAAAUAAUAAUGAAGAUAAUAAUUAAAAUAUUAAAAAAGAUAUCAAUUAGAAUUCUUAAUCAUAAUAUGAUACAAAUUUUAAACCUUAUUCAAUUUAAUUAAAUAAUGAUAAUAAUAAUAAUAAUAUUAAUAAUCUAAAUAUCCUAUAAUCUAAUAAUCCUUUUUCAUAUAAUUUUAUGAUGGUACCACCUAAAGUAUCUUCUAAAGAGGAAGAUCCAUUCACUUUAAUGUUAUUGGAUGAAUGUCCAAAAAGAUGCUCAGAACAUGGUGUCUGUAUAGAACAUGAAUGUUAUUGCUGGUUCGGCUAUACUGGACAAUGGUGCUAAGCUGAAAAAGUUAGUGAUUUCUAUUUAGGGUGGAGCAAAAAAAAAGUCAUUUAAGCUUGCAUUAUUAGCUUUAUUAUUGGAUUGAUUAUUGGUUAUUGUAUUGUACUAUUAAUGAAAAAGAGAGGAAAUAAUGAUGAAUUUCGAAAUAUGUCGGAAGUUCCAAGUCAAAAGCUUGAUGAUAAUGAAGGAGAAGAAGAAGAAUUAAUUAUAUGA